UCGGUGUAGAGGAUUUGGCCUGAACGUCUCUGAGAUGACAAUAGGGGCCAUGGAGAACGUGGACGUCUUCACCUCCGAGGGCAAAGGCAGGGGUCUGAAGGCCACUAAGGAGCUCUGGGCAGCGGAUGUCAUCUUUGCGGAGCGGGCUUACUCUGCCGUGGUCUUCGACAGCCUCGUGAAUGUCGUGUGCCACACCUGCUUCAAGAGGCAGGAGAAGCUCCAUCGCUGUGGGCAGUGCAAGUUUGCCCACUACUGUGACCGUACCUGCCAGAAGGAUGCCUGGCUGAACCACAAGAAUGAGUGCUCAGCCCUCAAGAGAUACGGGAAGGUGCCCAAUGAGAACAUCAGGCUGGCUGCCCGGAUCAUGUGGCGGGUGGAGAGAGAGGGCACCGGGCUCACGGAGGGCUGCCUGGUCUCUGUGGACGACUUGCAGAACCACGUGGAGCAUUUUGGGGAGGAGGAGCAGAAGGCCCUGCGGGUGGACGUGGACACCUUCUUGGAGUAUUGGCCGCCUCAGAGCCAGCAGUUCAGCAUGCAGUACAUCUCGCACAUCUUCGGAGUGAUCAAUUGCAACGGCUUCACUCUCAGCGAUCAGAGAGGCCUGCAGGCAGUGGGGGUGGGCAUCUUCCCUAACCUGGGUUUGGUGAACCAUGACUGUUGGCCCAACUGUACCGUCAUCUUUAACAAUGGCAAUCAUGAGGCAGUGAAAUCCAUGUUUCACACCCAGAUGAGAAUUGAGCUCCGGGCCCUGGGAAAGAUCUCGGAAGGAGAGGAGUUGACGGUGUCCUAUAUCGACUUCCUCAAUGUCAGCGAGGAACGCAAGAAGCAGCUGAAGAAGCAGUACUACUUUGACUGCACGUGUGAGCACUGCCAGAAGGGGCUGAAAGAUGAUCUCUUCCUGGGCGUGAAAGACGACCCAAAGCCUUCUCAGGAAGUGGUGAAGGAGAUGAUCCAGUUCUCCAAGGAGACCAUGGACAACAUUGACAAAGCUCGCUCAGAGGGUUUGUACCAUGAGGUGGUGAAGUUAUGCCGGGAGUGCCUGCAGAAGCAGGAGGCGGUGUUCGCAGACACCAACCUCUACACGCUGCGCCUGCUGAGCAUUGUGUCUGAGGUCCUGUCUUACCUCCAGGCCUUUGAAGAGGCUGCUGACUAUGCCCGGAGGAUGGUCGAUGGCUAUAUGAAGCUCUACCACCCCAACAAUGCUCAGCUGGGCAUGGCCGUGAUGCGGGCAGGGCUGACCAACUGGCAUGCUGGGAACAUCGAGGUGGGGCAUGGGAUGAUAUGCAAAGCCUAUGCCAUUCUCUUGGUGACCCACGGGCCUUCCCACCCAAUCACGAAGGACUUAGAGGCCAUGCGGGUGCAGACUGAGAUGGAGCUGCGCAUGUUCCGCCAGAAUGAGUUCAUGUACCACAAGAUGCGCGAGGCUGCCCUGACCAACCAGCCCAUGCAGGUCAUGGCUGAGCCCAGCAAAGAGCCGGCCCCAGCCCUGUUCCAUAAGAAAUAGUGACACUUGUCUUGUAGGGGAGAGGUGACGUGGCUGGAGAACUGGGGAGAGACUCUGGAGGCAGCAGUCUCUGCAGAGACUGUAGGUGAGGAACCUGGGGGUAGUGUUCAACCGUGUUGCUGUGGGAACAUACGGCUCUGUGUACCCCCCGUGUUAUUUUGGCUCAAUUUAACUCCGUUCAAAUGACUUGAACUCUACCCUCCUCUGGCUCCCAGGCUGGGCAUUUUUAUUGUGUGCUGGACCCUGAAGAUGAAAGAGCUCCAAAUGUUAUCUGGGGAGGCAAAAUAUCACCAGCAAAGGCAAGCACAGCAGAAUGUGGUAGUGAACUGCUUGGAGAGAGGAGGGUGUGUGUCCACUGGGCACAUGCAGUGCGGGGAGGGGGUCCUGGAGAAGAUGGCAUCUUCUGUGACGUGGCUCACUAGCUCUGUUUCUCUGCCUGCCUAGAUCUGCUGGUAUUUCCCAAGGUUGGCUUUGUUCUCACCCCUCUCUACACGCACUCCCUGGAAGAAUGAGCUCAGUCAAGUCCUUGGCUGAAUGAGCACUGGAGAUGGGUGAUGGUAAAACCAGUACCUACCCAGCCUCGCUCUGGAGCGCUACACACACACACACACACACACACACACACACACACACACACACACCUUUUGCAGGCAGAGCAAACUCAGCAGGUCCAAGAGGAAACCCUUUCUCUGUUCUUGUUCCCUCCCCCCAAUCUGUUUCCUCCUGAACACAUCAGACAAGCGCGCUGUGGUGGGACACGUGAAUUCUCCUGCCUUACGUGUCCCCUGUGUUCCUGCUGCUGUUUCUGCUCCAGUGCAGCCCAGUCACACUUGGUCCCUGAACCAUACGCUCCAGACUCUCUUUUGAAUUUUGAAACUUUCUUGAUAGCUAACCAGUUCUUAUUUGCCCAUCACCCCCAGUUUAGGAUUCACCUCUUCCUUGAAUCUUCCUCUGAGUGCCCGAGAGAGAGCUGGCUGCCCUCUCUGAGUCUCUCAUGUCAUCCUGAAAUCCCCCGUCAUAACACUCUUCUCAAUGUUAGAAUGGCCUUUGUACCAUCUACCUCCUCCUUCAGACUGCGUUUCUGGAGGGCGGGGACUGUGCCACUGGAUUCAGCUAUCUCUGCCUUGCACCUGGCACAGACUCCAAAACACAGUGGUGCUCGACAAGGGGGUGUUGAAUGGAAGAAUGAAUGAGUGCAUAGCUGAGAGCAAAAGGGGCACAAAGCUGUGGAUUUGGAGUUUGUAAGUUAUCAAAGUCAACAAAUUAAAUCUCCUGUUUUCAA